AUGACGAAGUCCGAGCAGAAGAAGGCCGUGAAAUUCACUCGCAUGUGCAAGUUCUGGCGGACGAACGAGUGCAAGAUGGGGACGGACUGCACGUUUGCCCAUGACACUUCGGAGUUGCGGCCGAGCCCAAAGCCCUGCUUCGAGUUCUCCAAGACUGGGAGUUGCGCACGUGGACAAGCAUGCAGAUUCGUUCAUACAGUGGACAUGAAUAGCAGUGGGACAUUCAAUGACAUUUUGCCAACAAUGCAAGAGGUGAGCUACGUGCAGAAUCCUCCUGCCGGAUCGGUGGCGUUUGAAGCGCCAGCGUGCAUGGGCGUACCCAUGCCACAAUUGGGCCAAACGCGGCCUGCAUUGCAGGACCUUGGCUCGAUCCCUUGUCUCCGCCCACCACCUGGUAUCGACGACAUGGGCAUGAUAGGACUUGAGCCACAUGGCCUGCGCUGGUCCAGCUUGAAAGUAGACAUGGAUAGAGACUCCUGCCGCUCCAGCCUGAGCGAACUCUCGUUGGGUUUGGAAUGUGCCCCGCUGCCCAUUCCGAAAGCAGCAGACCUUGAACAGAUGUGGGCAGCGGAUGACGCAACCGUAGCCACGCAGAGCUUGACAUCCACCAUGUGCCUGAGCACUACUCCGACCAGCUUCAGCGACUCGGACGGCUCGGACGGUAUGUCAUUCUGGCUGUGA